AUGUCGAAGCGCAAAGCAGAAACCACACCAGUCGUCACUUUCACCUCGCGCAAUCCCCCGUGGACAUACCUGAAGCUGCAGCUUAUCCAGUCAAGUCCGGUCGAUCCUCUCACUGCACGCACGCACCUCACGUCCGCCCUGUCGCAGUUCCUCGGGUUGACAGGCACCUCCAUCGCGAUUGAUAUCUUGAAAAUCGAUAGCCAGAACCUCGUUUGGGUGCGUGUCCCGCGCGAGGAUGCGCCGGGGGUAGUCGCUGCGGUGAGCUCGUGGGUGGGCUCCAGCAGUGGCAGUAGCAUGUCGAAUAAUACCAACAACAAUAACAAUAUUGCAUGGAGGAUAUGUGGGAGAGGAAACUUCCUUGGGGCGCUGGUCAAUGGGUCGGGAGGUGAUUUGUUUGUUCCUUGA